AUGACCGAUCUCGCACCCCAUCUCGAGCGCCUUGGCCUUGAGCAGUACCUCGACGCUUUCAUCGGCGAAGGAUUCGACACCUGGGAGACUUUGACAGAUAUUCAAGAGAGUGACUUCGACGCUCUUAAUGUCAAACUCGGGCAUCGCAGGAAGCUUCAGCGGGCAAUCGCUGAAUAUCGAGGGGUCUCGUACGAACGCCUUUUUGGCUCUCCUGCCCAGGAAGGACCCUCAGAAAGUAGCAGAGGGUUUGACGCUGGCGCGGGUCCUUCACUGGGUCCUGAACGGCCGUCUGUCCCUCCUCCUGAGACAAAGCGAAAGUACAGGCGUCAUCCUAAAUCGGACGAGAAUGCCCCCGAACGUCCUCCUUCUGCCUAUGUGAUCUUUUCGAACAAAGUGAGGGAGGAGGUCAAAGACCAAAACCUUUCCUUUACGCAAAUAGCCAAACUCGUCGGUGACCGAUGGCAAAAAUUGGAUCCUGCUGGCAAAGAGCCUUUCGAGGCCCAGGCAAGCGCCGCCAAAGAGAAAUACAACGUCCAGCUGUCGGCAUAUCGCAAGACCGAGGAGUACAAGGACUAUAUGGCUUACCUAGCCGAGUUUAAAGCCAGGCAUGGGCAGUCGUCGGAGGCAAAGAGGCCCAAGCUGGAGCAGGAAUCCAGCGGAAGCAUCAUCUCUACAAAAUCUGUGGAAGCCAACCCAGAAGGCACAGCGCAGGCGUCUGGUCAUUUCCGCGGUGGCUCGAUCGGCUCUUCCGCAUCUUCACCAUUUAUUGGCGGCGGGACAUUGCAACCCAGUAGUUCCGGAGGGACGAUACAACGACCGCCAAUGCCCUCGUCGCGGAGCGGGACUCCUCCCUCAGUGCAGCAAGGUCGAGAGUACUUCCGUCCGGGCUUACUCUCAAGUCAGAGUUCGGUCUCUGAUGAAUCUUCUACAGUCCGGAGUGAAGUACCUGAUCCGCUGAUGCGGGCAGCUGGUCUCUCGUUGGGUACAGGGUCAGGUACGCCUCCUCUACCAGCACUGCCACCGAGUGCAUCGUCAGUGGAGUCUACAGGGUCUCCUGACCCCCUCGCAAGGUCAAGACUAUCGUAUUUCGUACAGCAGCAGCAGCAACAGCAACAACCACCGCCCCCGCCCCCGCCGAUCCCUCCUCCUCCGCCCGCUUUUGGAAGUGUCCCGCAUGGAUCAAGCUCCAUGCCUUAUCAGCCCACUCUACCCUCGCCCACGAUGCAGGAAACGUCGUGGAGAAGCCGUCCAGCGGAUUUUCGAGGUUACCAAGAAAUACCGAGGCCUUCCCACGCUCCCAUCCACCUCCCUAGUCCAGGUAGAGAACAAUUAAGCCCAACUCUGCUCCCCCCCAUCUUGGCCCACGAACGGCCUCCCGAAUUUCCUCAAGGGCCGGGCUCAAGAAGCAUACCGCCCCCUCCUCGAACAGGCUCGAUAGGCUCGAUAGGCUCGAUAGGCUCGAUAGGCUCGAUAGGUACUACCACUCUUCCGCAUCUCGGGCGUGCCAUGGACCAGCCUCGACCUGUGGCAACCAAUCCUCUACAAAUUCGCCAGCCAGGCCACGAAGACAACCGGCCGGGCCUCAAUCGGUCGGAGAGCGAUGCGGCUACCACGUUAGCUGGACUGGCGACGGGUGUCCCUCCCUCUGACACCACCACCACCAGGCCUCGCACCCAACCACCGCUUCCGCGCCCUCCACGGCGAUCUCCGUAG